GUGUGGUGAUAAUUUGGGCUCCUCGCGGUGGAUGGACUGGUACACUGGGUGCCGGAGGAUGCGCCGCUUACAUGUCACAUCUGAAUGAAGCGGGAGCAAAACGAGCCCGGGGUGCACGAGCGCAUCGUUUACUCAGUCCGUGAAAACGUGGACGGUCAGUGCCGCCCCUCUCUCGUGCUCAUCUGGAAACAAAGCGAGAGCAACCAAAUGCGGAUUUCACUUUUCCCACGGCUUCGUUUGUGUAGGUGGAGGCGUCACCGGCUGUCGCGCUGUUGAUAAAACACACAGCCACAGGUCUGCAUUUGGAAAAAUCAACAACCACUUUUUUUUUCUUUGGUUAGAACAACUGUUUCUGUCUUGACAACGACGAGGAGGAGAAAGCGCUGUGAGUGGGGAGAUGAACCGUUUGGAAGACUGAGCUUCAGCACUUCGCCCGCCCCUGAGCUUCAAACAUGGGAGAAUGAAGCAGGGUCUCGCAGCCAUGGAGACGCCGCCUCCACGUUGCAUUGAGCUGGGAAUACCUGCGUCUGCAGCAUCAUGUUCAGAGUGAGCUCACCGGGAACAAUGCCUGCUCACCCUGGGGAAGAAUGGUUCACUCCACUACUGGUCCCCUUCCAGAGGCGAGGGACAUUAACGCCAGUUUCUGCUGCCUCUUUACGGGGCUGCUGAACCUUUCUGAGAGGCCGGCGACGGAGAUCAUCUCCAUGGCGAACGUGUCCCUCGGCUCCCAUUCCCCCCCGGAGCCGGUCACGCCUACAGCGGAGGCCCCGGAGACUCUGCAGGGCGUCAGCCUCCCUCUGCAGAUCUUCUUUUGCUUCGUCAUGGUUGUCAUCCUGCUGGUGGCCCUGUUGGGAAACGUGGUCGUGUGCCUGAUGGUGUACCAGAGAUCUGCCAUGCGCUCGGCCAUCAACAUCCUCCUGGCAAGCCUGGCGUUUGCAGACAUGAUGCUGGCCAUCCUGAACAUGCCCUUUGCUCUGGUGACUGUCGUGACCACCAACUGGAUUUUCGGAGACCGUUUCUGCCGAGUGUCAGCCAUGCUCUUUUGGUUCUUCGUGAUGGAAGGCGUGGCCGUACUGCUUAUAAUAAGCAUAGAUCGUUUUCUUAUUAUAGUCCAGAAGCAAGAUAAGCUGAGUCCACAGAGAGCUAAAGUGCUCAUAGUGGUCACAUGGGGGCUGUCUUUCAUUUUCUCUUUCCCUCUGGCUGUUGGUUCCCCUCCCUUACAGACCCCACCUCGGGCCCCUCAGUGUGUGUUUGGGUACAGCAUUGAGCCUGGCUAUCAUGCCUAUGUGCUGAUCCUAAUGCUAGUCUUCUUCUUCAUGCCUUUCAUGGUCAUGCUGUACACAUUCAUGGGGAUCCUGAACACCAUCCGCCACAACGCCAUCCGCAUCCACAGCCACCCAGACAGCAUCUGUCUGAGCCAGGCCAGCAAACUGGGCCUGCUGAGUCUCCAGAGGCCCUUCCAAAUGAACAUAGACAUGAGCUUCAAGACCCGUGCCUUCACCACCAUCCUCAUCCUCUUCUCUGUGUUUACAGUGUGCUGGGCACCUUUCACUGCCUACAGUCUGGUGACGACCUUCAGCGAUGGGUUCUACCGUAAAGACAGCUUUUUUCAAAUCAGCACGUGGGUCCUGUGGUUGUGCUACCUCAAGUCAGCCCUCAACCCUCUCAUCUACUACUGGCGGAUCAAGAAAUUCCGCGACGCCUGCCUUGACCUGAUGCCCAAGUACUUCAAGUUUCUUCCUCAGCUGCCGGGAAACACGAAGAGGCGCAUACAGCCGAGCGCGGUGUACGUGUGCGGGGAGCAUCGCUCGGUGGUUUAAAGGAUAAAAUUCCACCCCUCAAACACUGUUAAAACAAAAACACAUCUUUAUAUAAUGUACUCUGCAGUUGUGGGCCCGUUUGCUGUUUGGUGAUAUGCUUCUCUUAGCAGGUGGUCAGACUGAAAGUAGCACUGCAUUGGGAUGUGGGUGUGUUGCUGUAGCUUAAAGAUGAAAUACAAUCCAGAAAGUGCAGUUUGUGUCAAACAUCCACGAGUUCUAAGGCUCAUCAGAUGCCCUAACGCUGCACAGUGGUUUUUAUGACGGUGAGCUUGUGACCGGGAGGUCAUCGGUUCAAUCCCCGGAGCUGCAGGGUAAAUUUGGGUGUGGAGAUCAGACUGUGGUUGUACUGGGCAGUGUGUAACUGAGUUUAAAUCAGGAACUAAUAUAUAUUCCAAGCUACUUACUAGCCUUUUCUGGAACUACAGACAUCUUCAGUGAAUGAAACAUGCUCAAGUGUAAUCACAUGACCCAUGAUCUGGUUUUCUGUAACUAGUAGUAGUAUAUGGCAGAGAGACUGUGACCCCUGUCUCUGCUCAGGCUCUGGGAUGGAAAGUGAAGUUCGAGGUUAGAAUAUUUCAUUCAGCGUAGGAGCCCCCACAGUGUUUAAUGCAGUGCUAAUGUCAGUCUGAGGUUCAGAGGCUAUCAGAGUGCGUGUGAAGAUUUGACAGGUCAAAGGCAACAGGACUCACUGUGUAGAAGAUGUUUCUGCUUCCAAUCAGAGAGGCUUCACCACCACCAUCACCAGCUGUGAUGAUGACCCGGUGAAACCAACAGUUCUCUCAUCGUGGCCUGGUUUGGUUUAGUCCACGCUGGCUGAAAUUAUGCUACAUUUUCUAUAAUAUUUUACAAAAGGCAGAGAGUCAUGUAGAAUCACUCAGUUAUCUGAUUGGUCUGCUGCGUAUCUCCUGGAUCCAACACAGUGGACGUCGUGUUGCCUUCGAGUCCUGUGAAGAUCCUCAGUCGGUUCAGGUCAACAUGUAUCAAGAGGUGUUAACUCAAAGGCAAUUGUUUUGUCUCAAGCAAGAACAUUUGUCUUUGAUUUAGUACUCGGAGACAUAAACAACUGUACAGGGCAAAACGCAGAGACACUCACCUCCACCAACAGCAUCAGUAAUCCACAGUUAAUCUUCAGUAAUAGGGCUGGGUAAGGGUUUUGAUACUAACGCCAAUACAAUACCUGAGUCUUGGUAUCAAUACCAGAAUCAUUUUUUUCUUAAGUCCUGCUUGUAAACGUCUAAAUACAAGCAACCUUACAAGAGUCUUUCCUGUUUCAAAUUGGUAAAAUGAUUAUUGACAUCAGGAACUGUCUGAUCAAAGAGCGAUUAUUACUUAUUAACAGUGCUUGACUGUUUUUUUUUAAUACUUCGCUCAGCCAGCAUAUUUCUUUUAGUACAAACUGUAUUUAAAAUUGGAAUCGGCCCAGUCCUAUGCUCAGCGGACCAGAAUGCAGUGCAGCAACAUGACGUUUAAUGCCAAGAAUCCAAGCAUGGAUAAACUUGCUCUCUUGCUCUUGUGCUAUCACUCUAACAAUGGCUCUGUUUCCACAGGCACAGCAUCAUUCUAGGUAACAAGAGAAACCUUUUUAGCGAAGCUGUCAAUUGAAGGAAGAUCAUAAAGUAAAUUAAAACACUUUAUAACUGCUGUAAUGCACUGAAUGGCACAUACCACGGGUGAAUUUGUUUCUUUACUGUCGUGUGAAGGAGCCGGGCGCUGCUGGGUGUGACUUGACCACACGUCUUUUCUUGCCACUGGAACGGUGAGCUGUGGGGGACGGGGGACAGUUCCUUUUAGCUGUGUAGAAGCUGUUUUUACGAGGCGUGUAAAUUAUCGGCUUAAAUGAAAAAUCUGAAUGUGGUCAGAAAGUGGCCAUGACACAUAUGAACAUGUGUGUUUCAAUCUAAAUGUUUUGGAUGUGCCUAUUGAUUAGUCCAUUUGCCGGUCAGAAUGCUGCUAUAUCUGGUGAAAAUGUGCAAUUUCGGUGUACUGUACUGU